GCGGGCUUUUCAGUGCGUUUGAAAUUUGUUGAAAUUUAAAAUGCUGUUUUUUUUUAAGACGGUUUUUGUGAAUUUUGUUAGAUUACCCGAUAGAAGUGAUAUCCGUCUGUUGUAAUGCUCCUGAAUUUGGACCGAAAUCUGGAAAUUGAUCUUUUGUCAGAAACGGGCCCUGAGAUCAAGAAAGCGCGACUUGCAAUAGUUGACAGCAAUAUUGAAGUUCAUACAGAAUCUCUUCUUCAUGGUUGCAGAACGAGAUUUCGCGGUACAAAGAAGUUGAUAUUGCUUUUGCGAAUAUAUGCCCGUAGCAACAUUGCGAUUUUAUCGUUUAUUCAGCAAAUAUCCUUUGCUAUGGCACCACUUGCGAGUUUUAAUUUGUUAGUCAGGUCGUCGGUACUUCUGCUGCUUUGUAGCGCUCAUUAUAAGUGUUUAUUGUAGGAAAUUGCCGGCUAGACCCAAAUAUUUGAAGAGUACAGUUCG